AUGGCCCCAACACCACCCUCCCAAAAGGCAGGUCAAGCCAGCAUUAGCUCCUUCUUCAAACCCAAAUCGACUCCUGCCAUUAUCACCAAGUUUUCCCAACCUGACCCUGUCCAGAAUGGCAGCAAUGGGAAAGCUCGAGGCUCGAGCUCCUUCGAUGAAGGCGGUGCUUCCACCUCGUUCCAACCUCCACUCAAGCGGUCAAAGCUGAACAACAAUAACAACGACGAUGAUGGAAAGCCUCGCCGCGAGACGAUCGACCGCAUGGGCAAGUGGAAGUUUGCACCUGUAAAGCUCUCGAGUAGCCAAGCUGAUGAGCUGGAAUCAACCCUUUCCCAGGGAGAGCCUGUCCGCUCGCAACAGGAACAGGCUCGCCAUGAAGCGUUUCGCAAGAAGCUGCUCGGAUCCAACUUUGCCAUCGAUCGACAUGCAAGGAAUCAAAUGCAGAUCGAGGAAAUGUCGAGCAGGGAUCCGUUUUCGCCAGGAGAGGCUCGGCCUAGCACGGGUGCAGAGGACGAUGCCAUCGUUGUCGAUGACGGCGCCGACCUCGACGACGACGGCCAAGGUCCACAAGCCGAAGGUAGCACUCCGAACCGCUUCGGUCGUUUUGCUGCUUCUUCGUCUUCCUCCAAGUCAGGCCCCACCGCAACGUCAUCUCGUCGCGAAAGCGCCAGCAGUAAAUCAAGAGGAAAAGCCAAAGCCAACGAUACCGACUCGGGCCCAACAUAUACUCCUCUCGAAAAGCAAAUCCUCGAACUCAAAGCGGCCCACCCCGGCGUCUUGCUCAUCAUCGAGGUCGGCUACAAGCUCAAGUUCUACGGUGAAGAUGCGCGCAUCGCAUCCAAGGAGCUCAACAUCAUGUGCUUUCCCGAACGUAACCUUCUCACAGCCAUGAUCCCGGUCCACCGUCUCCAUAUUCACGUCAAGCGUCUCAUCAAGGCCGGCCACAAGGUCGGCGUGGUGCGUCAGAUCGAGACGCGCGCUCUCAAAGCCGCUUCCAAGAAUGCCUACACGCCCUUUGUACGCAAGCUCACCGCGUUGUAUACGGCCAGCACGUGGAUCGAUGAUCUGUCAAGCUCGGAUGAUCUCGCCGCGACCAUGGGAGACGCGUACACCAACCAGCCAAAGAGCCUCAUGGCCAUCGUCGAGCAAUCCGAGGGUGGUAAUGGACCAGAAGACCGCGUCAGCAUCGGCAUCGUCAGCGUCGAGGUGAACACGGGUCAUCUCACGUACGACCAGUUUUCAGACGGCCAUGCGAGGAGCGAGCUCGAGACGAGAAUCGCGCAUCUUGCGCCCGCGGAAGUGCUCGUCCCUCCCAAACUCAGCAAGCCCACAGAGAAAGUCAUUUCAUAUUUGCUUGGUAGCGGCGCAGAAGGCGGUGUCAGGAUCGAGAGGCUGGCUGCCAAGCCAGACUAUAACCAAGCGUUCCAGGCUGUCACGCGUUUCUAUCGUGACCGAGCGCCCGAGCAAUCAGAGACGUCCGCGGCAGCAGACAGUACCGAAGAGGAUCCCACGACAACAGUUACGGCAGCUGCAGGAAACGUCACCUCUAAAACAACGCCAUUCAUGUCGCUUAUCCUUUCGCUUCCCCACCUCUCGCUCAUCGCACUAGCCCAAAUCAUUCAACACCUCGAAGCGUUCCAACUUGAAUCCAUCUGUACACUGUCGACCAAUUUCCGCUCCUUCUCGUCGCGCACCACCAUGCUUCUGAACAGCAACACGCUCGCCAACCUCGAAAUUUUCCGCUCUGCCGAUGAGCAGACCGAGCGCGGCAGCCUCAUCUGGCUGCUCGACAAGUGCAAGACGGCGAUGGGCCGGAGGCUGCUUCGCAAGUGGCUGUCGAAGCCGUUGACGGAUAUCGACAGUUUGGAGCAAAGGCUGGAUGCGGUGGCAGCGCUGCGGGAUGGAAAGAGCUACGUGCUUCGUACGCUGCCUAACCUGCUGCACGGGCUGCCUGACCUGGAGAGAGGGCUAGCUAGGAUGACGUACGGCCGUGCGACGCCUACCGAGCUCGCAACGGUGCUACUCUCACUCAACCGGGUCACACAAGAGUUCAAAGCGGAAGAAGCCGCAACCUGGAACACGAAUUCUACGCUGAUCGAUACACAUCUAACCUCACUCACGUCUGGCAAGCAACCCGUCCAGACGUACCUCAACCAGAUCUCGAUCAAAGAAGCACGCGCCAACAACAAGCCGGACCUGUUCCCUGACCCGGACCUCUACCCGGCUAUCCAGACAUCGAAAGACAACAUCGCCAUCGUCGAUACGGAGCUGCGCGAGCAUCUGAGCGAGAUCCGCAAGUUGCUGCACCGUCCAAGUCUCGACUAUGUCAGUGUUGCCGGUAUCGAUUUUCUCGUGGAGGUCAGGGUGGCGGACGCGAAGAAGGUGCCUGUCGAUUGGCUGCGCGUGAGUGCGACCAAGAGCAUGGUGCGCUUCCAUACGCCAGAGGUGAUUCGUCUGACGAAAAUCCGCGAUCGACAUAAAGAGACGCUGGACGCAGCGGCGGAUGAGGCGUUUGUCGACUUUGUCAGCGGGAUGUGCAGGACCGAGUACGUCGCGCUGCGCAACGUCGUCGCGAGCCUGGGCGUGCUGGACGUCCUGCUCUCGCUCGCGGAGGUGGCGGCUUCGGCGGGCUAUACUCGACCCGUUUUCGUCAAGGAAACCGCCUCGGUGCCGGUCGAGAUCCAAGCGAUGCGCCAUCCGAUCCUCGAGGUCGUCUCGCCUCUACCGUACAUUCCGAACGACAUUGCGCUGUCCACACCCACCUCGACACCAGCGAUCCUGCUGACGGGGUGCAACAUGGGCGGCAAGUCGUCGACCGUGCGCACACUGGGCCUUCUUGUCAUCAUGGCGCAGAUCGGCAGCUUUGUGCCCGCAGCCUCAGCCCGCUUGGGAAUUCACGACGGCGUAUACGUCCGCAUGGGCGCGCGCGACUCGAUGUUCACCGGCCGCAGCACAUUCAUGAUCGAGGUCGCCGAGACGGCGGAUAUCCUGCGCUGCGUCACUCCGCGCAGCCUUGUGGUGCUGGACGAGCUCGGGCGUGGGACAUCGACGUAUGACGGGUUCUGCAUUGCUUCCGGUGUGCUCGAAUACCUGCUGCGCAUGGCGGUGAUGCCGAAUGUCGUGUUUAUCAGCCACUACUUCCAACUGGGCCGGCUCGAAGCGCGGUUCGCACACAGACUGAGGAACUUCCACAUGGCGUUUGUCGAGACCUCGCCGACGGACUUUGACGCCUUCGACGGGCUGGACGACGACGAAGGCGGCAAAGGGCAGAUCGAGUUUCUGUACAAGCUGCGCACCGGCAUUGCGAGCAAGAGCUUCGGCAUCCACUGCGCGCGACUCGCUGGCCUGCCAGAGCGCGUUCUCACCACCGCCGCUAGCGUCUCGGCGCAGCUCGAGCGCACCCAUCGCAACGCCGAGCACAAGAGGUCCCUCAAGCUCCUCCGCAGCGUGUUUGCGCACCCUCCCAAAGAGCAGCUCGACGCGAGCCUGCUCGGCAAGCUCGACGAGUUGCUCGUCGCCAGGUCCAUGGGGUAG